AUGCGCCAUCCUGGCUCGGCGUUUUGGUCUGGAGAUUCCAUACACGGCGCCUCUGGCUUCCCCCUUCUCACCGCUUCUGGGGAGAUUGCUGGGGUGAAUGUUGGCGCUGUAGAGGAGAAGGACCCGAAGAGCGCCAUUGCCGUCAAGUCCAGUGCCCUGAUCCGGUAUUCCCUUUCGCGAAGAGCUGCCUUCUUUGAGAAGAAGCGAUUCGGCAAGGUCACCCAACCCUCCACUCUUCCAACCACUUCGGACGUGGGAUUGUGCCCUUUAAGCAAGCAUGAGGGUUCAGGCCCCACUCUGGGCUGGCUUUAG